GGGUACCUGUAUCGGGUUGGUCGGGUAGAUAUCACCAAAUGCGCUUUGGCGCGUGGAUGUCGCGGCUAUAAUAAGUCUAUAAAUAGCUUGUGAUUCUGUUUCAAUCAUCCGGACUCUCUUCUCCUCUGAUCAGUGUUCUAUCGAUCUCUCUUUCUCUCCGUUGCGACUUCCGAUCGGAUUCUGUCAAUUCCGUUCGCUCAGGUAUGGGUGCAAUUUUUUUUCCGAUUGUUUAUGGACUGGAACCGGCGACUCCGAUGAUCAGACCCUCGCUCUCUGCUUCUCCGCUUCACAUGCCUGAUUCUCCGAGAAUCGUCCCUGGGUUCCGAUCAGGGUUUAGGUGAUUUAGGUUGAUAUUGUUCUUCCGCCCGAGCGCCUGAUUCUCCCCGCACAUUUUGAAGAACAAUGAAUUUUUGGAUCUGGGCAAUCGUGGGUUCUCUGUCCUUUUGAUUUCUCCGGAGGAGGUUUCAAGAUCGAGGAUCAUGGUUUCGAUAGCUUCUGGUUGGUUUCUGCUGGAAUGUUCUCGGAGACGGGAAGUUUUCGGUAUUGCGGGAUCCCUUAAUUCAUAUCUGCUCUUUCUGCGUUCUAUCUAUCUGUCAUAGAGAAUGGAGGUCAGGGCAGCAAGGACGAUGCCCGCUGAUCAAAGGAGAUACAGACGAGUCGGUACGGGCAGCAAGGUUUGCUCCUAUUGGUUAGCAGGAAGAUGUACCAAGAACGCAUGUAGGUUCCUUCACGGAGAGUUGCCCUUGCAGCAGAAUGCCUAUCAUGGUGAAGUGAAGCCUUCCUCCCUCUUCAAGGGCGGAGGGCCGAGCAAGAUCUUGAAAGGAAAAGAUGGCCUUAAGCGCAAGGAACGGCUCUGCCGGCAUUGGGCUUCGGGCAAUUGUGUAAAGGGAGAUAAGUGCCUCUAUCAGCACUCGUGGUCCUGUGGUCACAGCUUCGGCUUGCUGGCGAAACUUGAAGGCCACAAGAAGGGCAUUGCUGGAAUCGGAUUUCCAUCUGGAUCAGAUAAACUCUCCACUGGCAGCAAAGAUGAAACGGUUAAGAUUUGGGACUGCCACACUGGGCAGUGUUCUGAUACAGUCAGCGUGGGGAGUGAAGUUGGGUCUUUAAUCUCUGAGGGUCCAUGGGUGUUCGUUGGCUUGCAGAGUGCUGUUAAGGCGUGGAAUCUCGAGUGCUGUACCGCUUUUGAUCUUAAAGCUUCUUCUGGGCUAGUUUAUUCCAUGGCAGUUGGCAGUGACCUGCUUUUUGCUGGGUGCCAGAAUGGUGAUAUUCUGGUAUGGAGAGGCAGUUCACCAACAAACCCUCUCCUGCUGGUCGCAACCUUAAAAGGCCAUACCCAUGCAGUGCUUUCGUUGGUUGUAGGGGCCAAUAGGCUGUAUUCAGCCUCCAUGGACCGCACUAUAAGGGUUUGGGACAUACAUACUCUAGAGUGUAUCACAACACUCAAAGGGCACGCAAAUGUGGUGAUGUCUGUCCUUUGCUGGGAUUUAUCUGUUGUCUUGCUCAUUGGACAGGACAAUAAAAGUCUGGGCUGUGACCUCACCCGGAGGCAGGAACCUACAAGUUGUAUACACGCACAAUGAGGACCACGGAGUUCUUGCACUAAAAGGGAUGCAUGACAUGGAAGGAAAACCAAUGCUGCUCACUGCUUGCGAUGAUGACACUGUGCAUCUUUACGAGCUUCCCACGUUUGUUGAGAGGGCAGAAUAUAUGCACGGCGCGAAGUUCUAGCUCUUCAAGUAGCUCCCGCAGCUGGCCUGUUCUUCACCGGUGACGAAACUGGAACAUUGAAUGUGUGGAAGUGGUCAGGAGAGCCAAAGCAAGCAUGUUCUGAUCCAUGAUGGUUGUCCACUGUCCAGACAAAUGUUUUUAGCUUAGAUUGGGACAGAACCGGUCAGGAAUAGAUCUAACUCUGCUCCAGGAAUAUUGGCCUAAGAUAAGAUAAUUGUGGGAUUCAUUCUGGAUCUUGAGUAUCAUUGUGUAAAAUUUACGCUGAAGUUCUGAAUGAAGUAAAUUCCUCUUUCAUGGAAA